AUGCGAUGCUCUGAAACAUUGGAUUUAAUUAUUACAUUGUUGCCAGAGCUGUUGAGGAGGGAGGAAGUGAAUGAAAAUCUCGUCUUGCUGAGAGAUGGACGAUAUAAGGCUAAAAUCAAAGGAUUAUUUGCGAACGUCGAGGAGGAAAGCGGAUGUAGUCAACGCUUAAACCCUCUUCUGAAAAUAGGUGGUGGAGAUGAACGCAACAAAGAACGAGAAUUCCAAUUGAGUAUUAAUCGAAAUACUAUGUCGUCUACUUGUGCAAAAGCCGCAAAAACCCAUGAUGAUUCGCUAGUAGUUGUACCUGAAGAGCUUCGAUCCUCUGUUUCUUUUGGUCAAAUAAAUGGUGUUGCAGCAAAAUUCUUUUUAGAUGAGAUCAUUCGAAAUACCUUUAAAUCGACAAAAUAUAGAAAACAAUUUCAAGAACAAACUCAAUUCAACUGCGGAGUGGUUAAAAAGCACCUUUGA